AAGCGCGACUCGGGGAUGGAGGCGGAGUUUCACACGACGGGGGCGGGGAGGAAGCCGGAAGAGGCUCGGAGUUGCAGCGAGGACGGUUUUAAAUCACCUCUCCCCUCCCCCACUCCUGCCGUCGGAAUGGAUGCGCGAGCUCGAGCCAAGCGCUACGAGAAGCUGGCCUUUCUGGGCGAAGGGCAGUUUGCAACUGUUUACAAAGCAAGAGACAAAAACACAAAUCAAAUUGUUGCUAUUAAAAAAAUUAAACUUGGACAUAGAUCAGAAGCAAAGGAUGGUAUAAACAGAACAGCUCUUAGAGAAAUCAAACUGCUGCAGGAGCUUAGCCACCCAAAUAUUAUUGGACUUCUAGAUGCAUUUGGACACAAAUCUAACAUCAGUUUAGUGUUUGAUUUUAUGGAAACAGAUUUAGAGGUUAUAAUAAAAGACACGAGUCUUGUGCUGACACCGUCACACAUCAAAGCAUACAUGCUGAUGACUCUUCAAGGUUUAGAAUAUUUACAUGAUCACUGGAUCCUUCAUAGGGAUCUUAAGCCAAACAAUUUGCUGCUAGAUGAAAAUGGAGUUUUGAAAUUAGCUGAUUUUGGUUUGGCAAAAUCUUUUGGAAGUCCAAACAGAGUUUACACGCAUCAAGUAGUAACAAGGUGGUACCGAGCUCCCGAACUGCUGUUUGGUGCUAGAAUGUAUGGUGUUGGUGUGGACAUGUGGGCUGUUGGAUGCAUAUUGGCCGAAUUGCUUCUACGGGCUCCAUUUUUGCCAGGAGACUCAGACCUGGAUCAGCUCACAAGGAUAUUUGAAACCCUGGGUACGCCAGCAGAGGAACAAUGGCCUGGGAUGACCAGCCUUCCAGAUUAUGUGACUUUUAAACAAUUCCCUGGAAUGCCAUUUCAUCACAUCUUCAGUGCAGCUGGUGAUGAUUUACUAGAACUACUGCAAGACUUAUUUAUAUUUAAUCCUUGUACCAGGGUGACAGCUACUCAGGCAUUGAAACACAACUAUUUUAGUAACCGGCCAGCUCCAACACCAGGAAAUGAAUUGCCAAGACCCAACUGCCCCGCAGAGGCCUUGAAAGAACCACAAAAUCCAGUUCCAAAUCUAAAGAGGAAAAGAACAGAUAUAAAAGAUCAAGCUCCUGAGAGUCAGUCGAGCAUGGAGUUCUAAUUGGGGGUACUGCAAUGGGGAGAAAGAGCUGAUGGAAGUCUUGUGUGAGCAGAAGGAGACUUAAGUUCCACCCCACUGGCCUGACGCUAUUCUUCACUGUGUGAGGGUGCAUAGCAGGCUGAGGGUGCAUAACAGGCUUUAGCAAGAGAAAGGGAGUUGGAAAGUUCACUUCUCCUGGUGCUGCUCCAAUCACUUCGUAAGAUCCAGGCCAGUAUGUUUAAGAUGACAUUUCAAGGGCAAUUGGACAUGCGAUCAGUUCUAUUCUUCAGGAUUAAGAAUUGAUUCACACAUAUAGGCAAGCACUGUCUUCUUUCAACCAAUGACUUGCAGCUGAAUUGUCUCCACAGAAAAGAGGGCAAAAUGAAAGGAAAACUAUGGGAGUUUGAUUGGCAGUGGCCCUUUGAAUGCAUGUGUGAAUUUAUCUUAAAUCUUCACUCAGUUACGUUCAAAAGAACUUUGCCCAUUAUUUUUUUAAAACGUGCUAUUAUUCAUAGGUGUGCCACCACUUGAUUCUCUGCCAUAAGGACAGAUAAAAUGACAACCAAACUCUUGACCAUGGUUAGGUAACAAAGAGCUUUUGCUUGUUUAUCCUUCGUUCCCCCACUUUCAGAGCCAGCUGUGGUUAACAUUAAGAUUUGUGCAUGUUUUAGCCUUAUUGAUAGUAUUCUACUGUAGAUACUUUUGGAAUUUUUAGAACAGAUAGUAGCACUACACCAAAAUGGCAGCCUUGGAGCCAGUGAAUCCUAACACAAGAUAUUAAGCAGUUGUAACCCAAGUGUUGUCCUUUGGUGAAGACCAUGAUUAUUCCCUGGGGAUACAUGAAGGUGAUUCCUCGUGGCCUUUCUGAAGCCCCUCCUACUUCACAGAGAUAGAGGAACGUCAGACUCUCUACUUGAGGGAGGAAGUAAGUGGGCUUCAGGAAACACAUCGGCAGGACACCACGUUAAGGAUCAUGAAGUUACUGUAGUUAGAAUGAGAAGCAGCUUACAUACCAGGAUAGCAUAGGGAAGAGGAGAGGAAAAGUGUAUAAAUCUAUGGAGAACUUAAGUAAUCCUCGUCAUUAUUUACAAUAUUGGUUAGUGCUGUCUGAAUUAAGAGUAGUACUGCCAUCUCAGGAUUAAAACUGGUCAAAGGGAAUCACCAUGUCCUGGACCUAACAGUAUUUGGAGCUGGAAGUGUGGGGGAAGGCAGUUGUCAGCUAUUUUAAACAAUAGCUAUUGGUGUGUGGUAGUUCAGUAAAUGGACAAGAAAACACAGAUUCUGCGUUUUGCUUCCAGUCCAUAUCAUAUUUGAUGACUGCAGAUCUCAGAUAGUUAGUGUUAGAGUUUCUUUCAUAUUCCUAGACUAGGUCGUGGCCUAUAUCACUAUUGUAAAAUUUGGGGGGAGACCAGGUUCUGACAAUCCUUUGUUGAGUAUCAAGCCCCUAUUCCUGAUAAUUAAAUUGCCUUGUUCUUAAAUUUGCUUAUU